UUACAAUAAGCACAAAUAUUAUCCUUUUUUAUAUACUUCUCUCUCAAAUUUAACUCUCUUUUUUGUAUUAUAUAAACAGCAAACCAACCUACAUAACAUUCUUGCUGGUAUCACUAGCAAGAAAAACAAAACAAAGAAUAAAAUGGGUCGAUCUCCUUGUUGUGACAAAGUUGGGUUGAAGAAAGGACCAUGGACUCCUGAAGAAGAUCAAAAACUCUUAGCUUACAUUGAAGAACAUGGCCAUGGAAGCUGGCGUGCUUUGCCAACUAAAGCAGGUCUUCAAAGAUGUGGAAAGAGCUGCAGACUGAGAUGGACUAAUUAUCUAAGACCAGAUAUUAAGAGAGGCAAAUUCAGUUUACAAGAAGAACAGACUAUUAUUCAACUUCAUGCUCUCUUAGGCAACCGGUGGUCGGCUAUAGCAACUCAUUUGCCAAAAAGAACAGAUAAUGAGAUCAAAAACUACUGGAAUACCCAUCUUAAGAAAAGAUUAGCUAAAAUGGGGAUUGAUCCUAUCACCCACAAGCCCAAGAACGACGCUUUGCUAAUUUCUAGCGAUGGUCAAACCAAAAACUCUGCAAAUCUUAGCCAUAUGGCUCAAUGGGAAAGCGCUAGGCUCGAAGCUGAGGCUAGGUUGGUUCGAGAAUCAAAACUCCGGUCACAUUCUACCGGGUAUCUUCUUACUUCCGGUUCAAGUUCAGGUUCAGCUCAGCCGCCGAUUGGAUCCAUUGAUAUACUGAAAGGUAAUUCUUGGAGCACUGGCAUUGGUCUGAACACCGGUAUCGUAAAUGAUCUUGAAUCUCCGACGUCUACGCUUACUUUCUCGGAGAAUGCACCACCGGCGCCGAUCCUGACAAUUGCCGGAGAUAAUAACUCAGUUCCGAUGAUCGAGUUAGUUGGUACUACUUCAGGUUCAUCAGAGACAGAAAUUGUGAAAGAAGAACAUCAUCAAAAUUGGAAAAUAUUCGGAAAUUCAACUCAUCAUCAUCACCAGGUUGAAAAUUCAGUUUCUUUUACGUCCGGUCUUCAUCAUCAGGACAUGACGAUUUCCAUGGAAGCUCCAUGGACUCCUGAGUCAUUAAGGCUAAGUACUACCAGCAGCCAUAUUCACGGUGGUACUAAUGAUGUUAUAGAAGAAGGUUUCACCAAUCUUUUGCUGAAUGAUCAUUCUGGUGACCGGAGCUUGUCGGACAGCGGCAAAGAUUCAGACCAUAGUGGCGGUAGUGACGGCGGUGGAAAUGGCAGUGAUUAUUAUGAAGAUAACAAGAAUUACUGGAACAGCAUUCUUAAUUUGGUGAACUCUUCUCCGUCUCCGUCUGAUUCGCCGAUGUUUUAAGAUUAAUAAUAGUAAAAUUUUAUGAUGGUACUAUAGUAUAUACUUUUCCCAACUUAAACUUAGACAAAUUGAUUCUUUUUUCGUUUUUGUUUUCCAAUUUAGUCCAUUUUAAUUUGUCAUUAGAAGUGAUCAUAGGAUAGGAACAUGUUUUCAUGCCAAAAGGGUAUUAACAGCUGCUUCCACUUAAACUGGUCAAAUGAGAUUAUUCUUUGAAUUUUAAUUGUAUGGAGGCAAUAAAAUGCAGUUUUGGCACUUAUAUUUUUA